CGGCGGAGUUGGUACGAACAUCCUCGACUUCUCAAACCAAAAACACCCCGGCUGCUACUCAUCUGCCCCCGCUCCCAGAUCAUGCCUUGGACCGGCCGCCGCUCGGGGGAACACCCGCGGGACGCAACGCCCGCUCGCCGCGGAGAGGAUGGCCAGAUGUGAAGCGAGCAGCGCCGGAGAAAGUGUGCCUUGUUUGGAGCCGAACGGGUCGUGUGCCACAACACGGGAGUCGGAGCGCAGCGAGGCCAGCAGCAGCAGCCUGUAGCACCAGCUAGCUCGUCGGCUAGCCCGCUAACGUUACAGGUGUCCAAGCAGCAAAAUAAACCAAACGUAACCUGUAGCUGUAGCUAGCUGGCGACACGCCGGGCUCCCUCAUUUCGACUCAACACUGAACUAAACGUGCCUGUUAAACGCCUUUCAGCAAACGCCAAGUAGCAAGUAUUACACUUAGCAGCAUUGUUAUUAGCCGUUAGCUCCUCGGUUAGCCGCUGCCCCGUGUUUACAGCAGCAGCGGCGGACUAGCCACAUUAGCCACUAAGCUAGCUAGUUAACUUAAUUGCUACAUGUGGUUAUUUUCUAUUGUGGCUCGUUUUUCGCUGUUUAAUCUCACUCGAGCUUGGACUCGCCGUGUAGUUUGAGUGUAACUUAAUCGCAUUUGCAAGCGAACCAGUGUGACUUUUCCACCGUGCCUGCCCCGGACUGACCCACCCAUCGGGACUAUCUAUCCGGGGCCGAUGCUGACAGUUCAGCCCGAAUCACGGCAACGCCAGGAGCCGCUUCAGCAAUGCAGCCCCAGCAGAUAUACGACUUUUCGAGUGACGAGAACAGUCACAAAUGGAGAGGCCUCUUCGUGCAAGCUCUACGAAAGGUACAGAAGCAGGUCCACCCAAACCUGACGGCGAAGGAGGAUGCCUUGCAGCACAUCGAGGAGCUCAUCCUGCAGCUGCUCAACAUGCUGUGUGUAGCCCAGCCUCGCUCGGUGCAGGAUGUGGAGGAACGUGUCCAGAAAACUUUUCCCCACCCAAUAGAUAAGUGGGCCAUUGGAGAUGCCCAGUCAGCCAUAGAAAAACGUAAGAGAAGAAACCCCUUACUUCUCCCCGUGGACAAAAUCCACCCUCUUCUAAAGGAGGUUUUAGGCUACAAAGUGGACUACCAUGUUUCCCUGUACAUCGUAGCAGUGCUUGAAUACAUAUCCGCGGAUAUACUGAAGCUAGCGGGCAACUACGUCGGCAACAUCCGGCACUAUGAGAUCAGCCAGCAGGACAUCAAAGUGUCCAUGUGUGCAGACAAAGUGCUGAUGGACAUGUUUGACCAGGAGGACGACAUCGGUUUGAUGUCGCAGUGCACGGAGGAGCCGUCGUCCUCCGGGGAGCUCACCUACGACGACCUGGUGAGGCUGGAGAUCGCGGAGGAGCGGCAGUACCUGCGGGAGCUCGACCUCAUCAUCAAAGUGUUCCGCCAUCACUUCCUGUCCAAUCCGAAAAUCUUCACGGCUCAGGAUGUGGAGGUGAUCUUCAGUAACAUCCUGGACAUCCACGAGCUGACGGUGAAGCUCCUCGGCCUGAUCGAAGACGCGGUGGAGAUGACUGCCGAUGGCAGCCCUCAUCCUCUGGUGGGCAGCUGCUUUGAAGACCUGGCAGAGGAGCAGGCAUUUGAUCCUUAUGAGACCUUAUCCCAGGAUAUCCUCAGCAAGGACUUUCACGAGCACUUCAACAAUCUGAUGGCACGACCGACCGUCGGCCUCUACUUCCAGUCAGUGGCAGAAGGCUUUAAAGAAGCCGUCCAGUACGUCCUCCCCCAGCUGAUGAUGGUUCCAGUGUACCACUGUAUGCACUACUUUGAGCUGCUGCAGCAACUUCAGGAGCGCAGCGAAGACCAAGACGACAGAGAUUGUCUGAAACGAGCGAUCACGGCUCUGCUGAACCUUCAGUGCAGCGUGGCCAUCUAUGCCAAACACCAGCCGCGCAGGAGGCUGCUGCCAGGCGAAGCCCAUGUACCGCCUUACAGCCGGCAGAUCCGGAGCAAGCAGCUCGCCAUCAAACGCAUGAACGAGAUCCAGAAGAGCAUCGACGGCUGGGAGGGGAAAGACAUCGGCCAGUGCUGCAGGCGAGUUCAUUCCUGGAGGGGCCGCUGCUAGCGAGCGGGCGCCAAACACGAGAGGCACAACUUCCUGUUCGACGGCCUGAUGAUCAGCUGCAAAGCCAACCAGAGCUCGCGGCUGCCGGGGUCGGGCAGCGGGGCGAGUUACCGCCUGAAGGAGAAGUUCGUCUUGAGGAAGGUCCGCAUCGCGGACCGCGAGGACUCUUUGGAGCUGCGGAACACCUUCAGAACUGGUAGCAGGAGGAAAAACUGCGCGGUUUUCUGUGCACCGACAGCAGAGGACAAGGCGGCGUGGAUGCGGGCGAUGGUGACCCUGCAGUACCAGUCCACUUUGGAUCGCAUGUUGGACACGGUGCUGCAGCACGAGGAGCAGGCGCAUCCUAGACUGCCCUCCCCGGAGGUUUCCGCUUUCGCCGUGCAGGACUCUGAGGAGAACAGUUUUGAGGACAAAGUGCAGAGCAAGACGGGCAUCCCCAUCAUCAAAGCUGGCACAGUGGUCAAGCUCAUAGAGAGGCGCACCUAUCAUAUUAGAUCCCACUUUGUGCGCACAUUUCUCACUACGUACCGCUCAUUCUGCAAACCACAGGAGCUUCUCACCCUGCUGAUUGACAGGAUUGAGAUUCCCGAGCCAGAAACCACGGAGGAGGACAGACAGGCGCUCUGGAACGGCGACCAGCCGAUGGCGGCCGAACUCCAGAGGUUCAGAAAGGAGUACGUGCAGCGGUGCAGCCUCAGGGUUCUCAACGUGUUCCGUCAGUGGGUCGAACAUCAUUUCUACGACUUCGAGAACGAUCCCGAGCUGAGGAGUCGAUUAGAGGAGUACAUCACCAGCAAGAUUCAACUGCGAGGGAAGUCGAUGCGAAAGUGGGUGGAGUCCAUUAAUAAGAUCAUCAGGAGGAAACUGCAGACCCAGACCAACGGCGUCAGUCACAACAUCACCUUCGAGAGCCCGCCGCCUCCCAUCGAGUGGCACCUGAGCAGAGCCGGCCAGGUGGACUCCUUCGACCUCAUGACCCUUCACCCCAUAGAGAUCGCCCGCCAGCUGACGCUGCUGGAGUCGGAGCUCUACAGAGCGGUUCGGCCGUCUGAGCUGGUCGGCAGCGUCUGGACCAAAGAGGACAAAGAGAAGAACUCGCCGAACCUCCUCCGGAUGAUCCGGCACACCACCAACCUCACUCUGUGGUUCGAGAAGUGUAUCGUAGAGACGAUGAAUCUGGAGGAGAGGACUGCAGUGUUAUCACGAGUCAUUGAGAUCCUGCAGGUUUUCCAGGAGCUCAACAACUUCAACGGCGUGCUGGAGGUGGUCAGCGCCAUCAACUCAGUGCCGGUGUACAGGCUCGACCACACCUUCGAGGCAAUACCGGAGCGAAAGAAGAAAAUCCUUGAGGAGGCGGUGGAACUGAGCCAGGACCAUUUUAAGAAAUACUUGGCUAAACUCAAGUCAAUAAACCCACCCUGUGUGCCUUUCUUUGGUAUCUAUUUGACCAACAUCCUGAAGACAGAAGAAGGCAACCCUGACUUCCUCCGACGCCACGGCAAGGAGCUGAUCAACUUCAGCAAGAGGAGGAAAGUGGCUGAAAUCACGGGGGAGAUCCAGCAGUAUCAGAACCAGCCUUACUGUCUGAAAGUGGAGCACGACAUCAGGAGGUUCUUCGAGAACCUGAACCCGAUGGGUAACAGGAGCGAGAAGGAGUUUGCCGACUACCUGUUCAAAAUGUCUCUGGACAUUGAGCCACGAAAUUGUAGACAGGCUCCACGAUUUCCCAGGAAGACCAUGUACAACCUGAAGUCCCCGGGGAUCCGGCCUGUGCGAACGUCUACCUCUGGCACCGCGAAGGGCCACCCGGUCCCCCUGGAGAGGGAGCCGCUACACAAGAUCACCUUCCGCAGCAUCGCCGAGACCGAGCCGGACGCGCCGGCGUCCGCCUCGGUGCCCACCUCCCCCAACACGCCCACGCCCCCGCAGUCGGCCUCCUCCGACCUCAGCUCGGUCUUCAUGGAGCAGGACCUGAGCAGCUCGUACGGCGGCACUAACUCCAUAUUUGCUUCGGUUCUCCUGCCGCCAUCAAAGUUCCAGUCAGCGUCUUGCGAGACCCUCCACCAGCUGGGAGAGGAGCUGAAGCCGCCGCCUCUGCCGCCUCGAAGGAAAGACGCCAUGUCUGAAGCUAAACUGAGCUCCAUGUCCGACAGCCCCCCGGCCAUCCCUCCCCGGCUGCCCCCCCCUCUGCCCAGGAACCAGCCCCGACCGCCGGUCAUCUACAACGGCCCCCCGAUGACGGCCCCCUGCCGAGCCCCCCGCCGCCGCCCGCCCCGCGACCCGCUCCCGGACACGCCUCCCCCGGUGCCCCAGCGGCCCCCGGAGAUCUUCAUCAACUACCCCCUCAGCCUGCAGCCCUCCCCCGUGGGCCGAUACCAGUGGGACUUCGGGGAGCUCCCCCACUCGCCGAACACUCCGCCCAGCACGCCGUCCCCCCGCGUCCCCCGGCGGGGCUGCCCGCUCAGCGCCAGCCAGAACAGCCUGUGCCCGCUGCCCGUCCCCAUCACCGCCCCGCCGGUGCCCCCGCGCCACAACUCCAGCCUGCAGCAGCCCAAACUCCCGCCAAAGACUUACAAGAGGGAGCCGCUGCAGCCGCCGCUGCAGGGCCUCUCGCUGGUGGAGAACGCCGACGGCAGCCAGUGAGCCCGCCCACACGGCUGAUUCUUAGCUACUGAUCUGAACGAAGAAACAAAACUCCGCCCUCCUCCUCCCCCCCCCCCCCCCCGCUGUGCCUCUCAGGGGAUCAGUAGCUCCGCCUCCAUCGUAAACCCUCUGUGCCAAUGAGAAACCCACACCGGUGUGCCAGCUAACAAACAACAACGAGGAGCGUCUGUCGGGUUCGCCCGCUUCCCAUUGAAGUUCUCAAACCCUCCACCACGAGCUCAACACCCCCACGACCGGGAGGGGGCGGGGCCUGGACUCUGUAGCCUCAACUGUCACAUGCUUUGUUUCUUUUGGGCAUUGACGUCAUUUGGAGUCCUGCUGCAGCUCACAGACUUUUAGGACCCCCCCCCCCCCCCCCCCCCCCCCCCCCGGCGUUGACGUAGCUCCUCCAUCACGGCGUGAGCAGCAGACUUUUCCAUUGACUGUUUUUUUUUUGGGUUUUUUUUUCCUUUCUUUUUCUUUCUUACAAACUGAAAACAGUUGCCAAAGUCUUAUUUUAUGCAGGGGGAAAAGGGAUUUUUUUUUUUCUUUUUUCUUACUAAAACACACCGAUGUGACGUCAAAAAGAAAACACACAAAAAGGAGGCGACACUGAAUCAACCCCCAACUGAUCUCAACUCUACACUGUGACUGUAAAGACGCGAGUCAAACUGUCCUGACUGUUUUUAGUGUGUGUGCGCGUGCGUCUGGAGACCUGUGGGGUUAUUAUAGGAGCAACGUCUCAUGUGGUUGUGUGUAGAACAUUGUGUGUAUCUCAAGCUGUUGGUGCAUAUUUAGUUUUUAUUUUUUGGCACAUAGAUUUGUAUAUGCGUAUCAAAAUAUGUGUGUAAUACACUUUGUGUGUGUCUACAAGGACCUGGAAAUAAUGUCACCUUCUCAGGUGUUUUGUUUUUUUUUUUUUACCAUCAGUUGAGACUUGCAGGCUUUUUUUUUUACUGGGUGUUGCUGUUUUGUGUUUGAAGUCACUGAGCAUUACGACAAUGCAGCUUCAUCUCCAAAAUAUCCAAGAAAAAAAAUCAUUUUUUUCUCUCUGAAGACCAUAAUUGAAUUGCUUAAAAGCCUUUAAAUGUCAGUAGUUGUAACAACAACUGACAAAAUGGUAAAGAGUUCCUCUUUUUGAAUGCACUGUUAGUGUUAAAGAAGACAAAGUGCAGUCAAAAUGCAAAAAAAAAAAAAAAAAGGAGCCUGCCAGUCUCUACUGAGGGCAAAAGAAGUCCACCUUCAGGGAAGGGCUGUAGCAGAACCCAGAUCUGCCUGAAGUGGAGGAGAAAACAGACAUUUACAAGUCCUUGAACACGCACACAAAUUGUAUUCCGCAGCCCUAAAUCUUAUUACACACAUUUUGAAACAGACACACAAUGUGAGGGAAAACACACACACACACUCUACUCAUAACUACAAGUUGUUUUGCUCCGAUGACAGCCCCGUAAAGACCGCCCACAAAAUGUUGCCUUUAUUGAAAACAAACGAAUGAGAAAUAUUAACAUGUAACAGUUCCGACCUUUGACCUCUGACCCGGGGCUCCGGUCGUCCGUCUCGGUGCCAGUUGGGGAGCCUGGGACUCUACGUUUGCACAUGCAGCCCCGGCAGGUUUUAAUCAGAUGGAAAUGAGGAAUCGCUCUGCGGUGCAGGACGGAGGGACGUCUGUCCUCCACCCCCGACCCCCCAACCCCCCAACUCGAACAGCUGAUGUCUUAAACUGAACCCCUCCCUCGCUGAUGAGACAUGCUGUUGUCUGACACUGUGCCCCUCCUCCUCCUCCUCCUCUUGGUAUUCAAGCUCAGCACUGGAAGUUCGCGUCCUCCCACCAAGCUGGACCAGCUCCCUCCUGUGGCUGCUCCAAAAACGAAAAAGAGGAACUUUUUACCAUCAACUUCUUCUUUCUCUGUCUCUCUCUCUCUCUCUCUCUCUGUCUGUCUCUCUCUCUCUCUCUUUUUUUUUUCUGCUUGAAACAUUCACGUUUCACUCCGGAAAGACUGAAAUAACCCAUGCAUCACGCUCAGAUGUGCCUUUUUUUUUUUUUUGUUUUCUACUUUACAGAAAUAAGCAAAUGGUGUCUAAAAUGCUAAAAACAAAAAAAAAAACAUAAAAACAAGAAGUUGCCUAUGUAAUGUUUAGAACAAAGCUAUACACUAUGAAAUUGUACAUGUCUGUGGAUACUGUGUAUAUAUAACAUGUAUACACUAACUGAAUAAUUUGUAUAAAGUGACAGUUUGGGUUUUUUUUUUUUCUUCCUUGUUGUAUUGUACCUUCAUCCGCAUCUGUUCAGUCCAACAUUUGCCUAAUAAUCCAAUGCUGCUACAGUCGGAUAGGAAAAAGUUUAAAAAAGUAAAAAAAAAAAAAAAACAACAGGUCACUGUCACUAACCUACUUACUUACAGACAAUCUCCAGUUGAACCACUGGGAGUAUUAACUAAGGAAAGCCAUUUUUUUUCUUCUCCCCUGCCCCUUAGAAAGCAAUGAAAGAAAACCCUAUACAGUUCAAUAUGCCAAGCACUUACUUAGACGUGUGCUUCACUUUGUACAUCCUACUAAUUGCCUUUUUUUCCUCCUUUUCAAAGACUUUUUAAUGCCUAAACUCAUUAAAAGAAAAACAGAGGUUGUAUUAAAAAAAAAUUGCAGCUGGAUAUAUAUUAAAAUAUAUAUAUUAUGUAUACAUACGAACAUAUAUUCAGUUGCAAGUAUUGGAGCAUCGUGAAGAAUUGGAUUUUUUUUUUUUUUUUUUUUUUUUUUUGGUUUGUUUUUGUGAGAAACACACUUUGUGCACUUUAGGCUGUACUGUUGAAGAGCCGCGGUUGUUAUAGGUCAUGUUUGUAAAUGCGAUGGUCCUAUGCAACUGUUCAACUCACUUUCUACGUGGAUCAGGGCGGACAAAACGAACACAGGAGUCUACCAACCUCACUUUGAUCGCCCCUGCCCGUGUGUGUGUGUGCGAGAGAGAGAGAGAGCGUGUGUCUGUGUGUGAGUGUGAAUGAGUAUGUGUGUGCGCGCGUGUGUGUCCUCUCUUCUUGCUUUGCUCUGAAAACACACGGAGCCUUCCUCUGCCUCUGACGGUGGAUGUUUAAAGCUUUUUGAUCAAACUAGGGAAUACAUGGGGCAGUUUUUUUUUUUUUCCCAUUUCACAGUAUUGGUGGGGUUCAUUUUGCCAAGUUUGUUUUGUGUUUCUUUUUUUUUGUUUUGUUUUUUAAAGCCCCGUUCCCGACAGAAUAACAGAUUGGUUUUCCUCUCGGUGGCACUGUAACAGCUUGAUCCAGCAGUCGGUUUAUUUGAUGGUAUGUGGCCUUUUAACUGCUUUGUAUUAAUGGUCUUGAUGAGAUUAAUAAAUCACCCAGUCUUAUUUUGUA